AGUUACUGUAGUAGUGUGGUAGGACUUGGAUAGGUGUCCAACUUAUGCAACUGAUACGUACUCAGCCUCCUUUAAUACAACCUCAACUACCCAUCCCCUCAAUAGUAUUUUGAACCAUCUAUUUUACACACAUACACACACUCUCUUCUCUCUAUCUGACUAUCUCUCAGUGAAAGGAAGCAAUGAAAAUGGUGUUUGCAAAAAGUGUGUUGUUUUCUUCUAUUUUGCUUGUUGUUUUGGUUUCUCAACAAAGUAAAGCAGAGCCUCUAGUACCCAUACUUUGCAUAUUUGGUGAUUCUGUUGCUGAUACAGGCAACAAUAAUGGCCUCUACACCAUUAUCAAAGCUAACUUUCCUCCUUAUGGUAGAGACUUUGUAACUCACACUCCUACUGGAAGGUUUUGCAAUGGCAAAAUUGCCACUGAUUUUACUGCUGAGAAUCUGGGGUUUUCUGCAUAUCCACCAUCUUACCUGACCCAAGCAGCACAAGGAAAGAACCUACUCAUAGGCGCUAACUUUGCUUCAGCUGGUUCUGGCUACUCCGAAAGAACAGCAAACUUAUAUAGGGCGAUAUCACUGACGCAACAGUUGGGAUACUACAAAGAAUAUCAGAGUAAGGUGACAAAAAUGGUGGGAAGUGAAAGAGCUAAUAAAAUGUUUAGUGGUGGAAUUCAUAUUCUAAGUGCAGGAGCAAGUGAUUAUAUUCAGAAUUACUACAUCAAUCCUUAUGUUUAUCGACAGUAUUCACCUGAUCAAUAUGCUGACCUUCUCAUGACCUCUUUCACCAACUUCGUUCAGACAUUGUAUGGGCUCGGAGUAAGGAGGAUCGGAGUAACAAGCUUACCACCAAUGGGGUGUUUGCCAGCAGCCAUUACUCUCUUCGGAGGAGGGAGCAACGAAUGUGUAGCAAGACUUAACAAAGAUGCUGAAUCAUUUAACACAAAACUAAAUGGCAUGGCACAGAGCUUGCAGACAAAACUCACUGACUUAAAAUUGGUGGUUUUUGACAUUUACCGGCCUCUCCUAGAGAUGAUAGCACAUCCCAUUGAAAAUGGGUUCUUUGAAACAAGGAAAGCUUGCUGUGGAACGGGGACAAUAGAGACAUCCCUACUUUGCAAUGAAAGGUCCGUGGGGACAUGCUCCAAUGCUACACAGUAUGUUUUCUGGGAUGGGUUUCAUCCUUCUGAAGCAGCGAACAGCGUAUUGGCUGGUGCUCUCCUAACUCAGGGAUUUCCCCUGAUUGGUUAAAUCAUCAUGAAACAGUUUCGAUCCUUCUUCAUCCAUGGAACCACAGACCGGGGGCUUGGAUCUUUCUGCUUCUCUGGCAGAGAUAACAUCUAUAAAGGAGUGUAACUUGAGACUACUUGAUUUUGCUCCAUGUAAAGCACGUGUGCUUUAGUAAGAAUUUAGUAGUACUAGCUGUGUUCCUAGAAGCUUAGUACUUGACAAGACACCAACAUGUUGCUAAAUAUGCAGGGUCCGUCAUUUAAACCAGGACAGUUCAUUUAA